AUGGAUGCCACUUGUGCUAUAUGUGUGUGUGUAUUAGUGGCGACAGACAAGGUUGCAGAAAAGCUGAGUUCUACUCUCACAUGGGUGAAGAACACAGUAUCGCAUACAGUCAGUCAGAUGGCCAGUCAGGUGGCAAGUCCAUCGGCUUCAUUACACACUACGUCCUCAUCUACCACACUAUCAACGCCAGCUCUUUCCCCAUCUUCUCCAUCACAGUUGAGUCCAGAUGACUUAGAACUCUUGGCUAAACUGGAGGAACAAAAUAGAUUGUUGGAGACGGAUAGCAAGUCUUUAAGGUCUGUAAAUGGUUCAAGAAGAAACAGUGGCUCCUCUCUCGUAUCAAGUUCAUCAGCCUCUAGCAACCUCAGCCACCUUGAAGAAGAUUCUUGGAUUCUUUGGGGAAGAAUUGUUAAUGAAUGGGAAGAUGUACGCAAAAAGAAAGAAAAGCAAGUUAAGGAGCUUGUUCGUAAAGGGAUACCCCACCACUUUAGAGCAAUAGUUUGGCAACUUUUAUGCAGUGCACAAAGUAUGCCAAUUAAGGAUCAGUAUUCAGAACUCUUGAAAAUGACCUCACCUUGUGAAAAAUUGAUCCGAAGGGACAUUGCUAGAACUUAUCCUGAGCAUAACUUUUUUAAGGAAAAAGAUAGUCUUGGACAGGAGGUUUUAUUUAACGUGAUGAAGGCAUAUUCUUUAGUGGAUCGUGAGGUUGGUUACUGUCAAGGAAGUGCUUUUAUAGUUGGAUUGUUGCUUAUGCAGAUGCCAGAAGAAGAAGCUUUCUGUGUAUUUGUUAAAUUAAUGCAAGAUUAUAGACUCCGUGAACUUUUCAAACCAAGUAUGGCAGAAUUGGGCCUUUGUAUGUACCAGUUUGAAUGCAUGAUACAGGAGCAACUUCCGGAGCUAUUUGUACACUUCCAGUCUCAGAGUUUUCAUACCUCAAUGUAUGCAUCAUCCUGGUUUCUGACUAUCUUUCUUACAACUUUUCCACUACCAAUUGCAACAAGAAUAUUUGAUAUCUUUAUGUCUGAGGGUUUAGAAAUAGUGUUUCGAGUUGGAUUAGCACUUCUUCAAAUGAAUCAGGCAGAACUAAUGCAACUUGACAUGGAAGGGAUGUUGCAGCACUUUCAGAAGGUCAUUCCACAUCAGUUUGAUGGUGGUACAGACAAAUUAAUCCAGGCAGCUUACCAAGUCAAAUACAACUCAAAAAAAAUGAAAAAGCUUGAAAAGGAAUACACUACAAUAAAAACUAAAGAAAUGGAAGAGCAAGUUGAAAUUAAAAGGUUACGCACAGAAAAUAGACUUUUAAAACAACGCAUUGAAACAUUAGAAAAAGAAAGUGCUUCCUUGGCAGAUAGAUUGAUACAGCAUAAAUGCAGUUCCAACUACAGUGAAGAUUUUGUGCUACAGCUGGAGAAGGAAUUGGUCCAAGCCCGACUGAGUGAAGCUGAGUCUCAGUGUGCACUAAAAGAGAUGCAGGAUAAAGUCCUGGAUAUUGAGAAGAGGAAUAAUUCCCUGCCUGAUGAGAAUAACAUUGCAAGGCUUCAGGAAGAACUCAUUGCUGUGAAACUGAGAGAAGCAGAAGCUAUUAUGGGUUUGAAAGAACUUAGACAACAAGUCAAGGAUUUAGAGGAACACUGGCAGCGCCACUUAGCUCGUACUACUGGGAGGUGGAAAGACCCACCUAAGAAAAAUGCUAUGAAUGAGUUACAAGAUGAACUGAUGACCAUUCGACUUAGAGAAGCUGAAACACAGGCAGAAAUAAGAGAAAUAAAACAAAGGAUGAUGGAAAUGGAAACACAGAACCAGAUCAACAGUAACCAUCUUCGACGAGCAGAACAAGAGGUGGUCAAUCUACAGGAGAAGGUGCAGUAUCUUUCUGCACAGAACAAGGGGCUACUUACGCAGUUAAGUGAAGCAAAGCGCAAGCAAGCAGAGAUUGAGUGCAAGAACAAGGAAGAAGUGAUGGCUGUGAGACUUCGGGAAGCAGAUAGCAUAGCUGCUGUGGCUGAACUGCAGCAACACAUUGCAGAGCUUGAAAUCCAGAAAGAAGAAGGAAAGCUCCAAGGACAGCUUAACAAGUCUGAUUCUAACCAGUAUAUUAGGGAACUGAAAGAUCAGAUAGCAGAGCUGAAUCAUGAGCUCAGGUGCCUAAAAGGCCAGAGGGGUUUCUCAGGCCAACCGCCUUUUGAUGGAAUCCACAUUGUCAACCAUAUAACUGGAGAUGAUGAAUCAUUCCAUUCUUCCGAUGAAGACUUCAUAGAUAAUUCCUUAAGGGAAGGUGGCCUUGAUUUUCCUUUGCACAGAAAAUCUGGCCCGAUGUCCUUGGACCCCCCUGUGGCAGAUGGAAGUGAGAGUGAAACAGAAGACUGUGUGUUGGAGACCAGAGAGAGUACUCGAGUGGCUCAAAGGAAGCAGGCUCCAAGAAGAGAGUCAUACUCGACCACUGUCUGA